AUGACUGAGCCUCCCAAUCUUGACGCUAUUGGCCGUCUUCCGAUCGAGCUCCUUGAGUCUAUAUUGCUCCUGGUAGUCGAAGAUGCCAGGCUCUGUUUCCUCGAACUAGGACCCAGCAGCCCCUGCGAGAUAUAUCGAUGCGAAUCGAUGGACAAAGUGCUCGACUUUCGUUCGACGUCUAGGAAUUUCCGGGAUGCCUCAUGGCGCGCUCUAGCAAAGGUCAUCGGCGACACAAAGUUCGACGUUGCUUCGAGGAACAGCGUAGAGAACUUGAAGGCAAUAUCUCAGAGCGAACAGUUGGCCCGGUGGAUUCAAAAGCUCACUCUCACCUGCAAAAUUGCUCGCCCGACGUUUCCGCUCGGCCUUCUAUACAAGUCUGAGUUGAUGGCACUAGACAAGAACAACCGAAAGCCAUUUGAAGAAUAUCGGCUUGAGGAUUUGCCUGAAGAUCUCAAACGAGAGUUUGAGACGGUCAAAGAGCAGGAGAGGCAGUGGUAUCCGGAGACGUUCUCAGUCUGGCAAGAUGUUGACCUUGGCCUGUUUGGCGGUGUUGGUGACACAAUUCAACCGCCUUUUCUUUCUCUUCACCCAGCAUCGAAUUGCUCACUCGUAGUAACAUUGAUGGGGUAUCUCCGAUGCUUCACCAAUCUUGACCACGCUUGUUACUUUUACCAACAGGAUAUAAUGCCCGCCCGGUACCGAGAACUCUUACAAUUUGUCGACAACCGCGAAAUGGACCUCGGAUGCGACGCUAGUGAACGCUUUCCCCGUCUGAACGCCCACAUAGGACUGGACAUUUUCAUGGGCGCACUGGCCGCAUCGAACACGAACGUUCGGACAAUGGAGCUGGGAGUCCAAACAGAGGAACCUCAUGCCUUUCUCACUGGUCUUCCCAUCGAUGUCGUGGUCAAAGCAUGCCACAAAGUAGAGACUUUGGUGCUCAGGAACAGCUACCACGAAUUUGAUGGAGAUGGCCAUUAUGGCCGCGAGCCCCGAGUGAUACUGACACAGCGCACGUUCCCCGCCCUCCGGUCAUUGACGAUUGAGGGUUCUUCUCUGAACGAUGAAGAUGACCCGAGGGAUGCGCCAUGCCCACUCCCAACAGCUGUUCCGUCUCUCUCUCAUCUCACCAUCCGUGCAAAUUUUCUUCACACGAACUCCAUUCUCCAGUUUCUCUAUCAUUACGGAGGUCAUCUACACGAUCUAGUCUUCGAAAGAGUCGGCGAAACAGAGUUCAGUCUAGUAUUUGGCGUACUUAAUGCUCUCAGCCUUGAACGUCUCGAAAUCAGAUUUGGAGAAAGUGAACUUUGGAGACAAUAUCUAGAGCAACCUGAGGGGCAGAAAAAUGGCGAAAUGCACGCAAAGCUGCAAGGUAUGCGUAGAGAUCACCUUCUCGCCUCGGCAGAGACAGUUGUGCUUGAGCCCAACUUCCGACAGGCUUUAGAUGAACACUGGCAGUAG